UCAACUAGUACUAUAUAUUUACUCCUUCCACCAAUUCUGUACUGUACGUCCGAUUCUAUAAACAAAAUAUAACAGACCCAUUUUUGUAGUGGAAAAUAUGGCUGGUGACUAUUCCUUAAGUGGUGCACAGGAAUUGCAUGUUUUAGCCGUUGAUGAUAGUCAUGUCGAUAGGAAAGUUAUUGAGCGAUUGCUGAAAAUCUCUUGCUGUAAAGUGACAGCAGUUGAGAGUGGAAGAAUGGCUUUGCAAUAUUUGGGUUUUGAUGGAGAGAAGAGUUCUCUAGGAAUUGAUGAAUUGAAGGUGAAUCUGAUAAUGACUGAUUAUUCUAUGCCUGGAAUGACAGGAUAUGAACUUCUCAAGAAGAUCAAGGGAUCUUCGACGUUGAGCAAAAUUCCUGUUGUGAUUAUGUCAUCAGAAAAGAUUUUAGCUCGUAUUGAUAGAUGUUUGGAGGAAGGGGCCAAAGAGUUUCUCCAGAAGCCUGUCAAGCUUUCGGAUGUUAAACGACUGAAAGAUUUCAUUUUGAGAGGGGAGAAUGAUAACAAGGAAACAGAGGAAAUGAAACAAGUUAGUUGUCCCAGAAAGAGAAAACUUCAAGACUGUUCAUCAUCACCAAAAUGUUCAUCAACUCCAUUAUUGAAACAUUCUCUGUUGAAGCACCCGAAGAUUGCCUAAGCCUAACAUGAUUCAUAUGAUUCCUACUUUUUAUUUCUGAUUUUACUAGGACAGUCGGUCUUGACACACUCGAUCUGUAUAAGGUCAUUUUUGUUUGUAUUACAACAAACACAAUUUUGUACAUCCUUUAGCUUAUUACUACUAUCUCACUAAUUAGUGCAUUUAA